UUCCAGAAGAGAUGUUUAUAAUUUCCCCAUAAGUCUCAAACUAUCUUUAGUCUUUACAGAAGGUUUCAGCUUUACUCUCCAUUGUGAAAUUCUAACCCAAUCAAACUCGGAGGCGAGGGUUUUGCAACACCUUCUUCCUCUUUUUUCUCUGCAAUUCUAAAAUUCAAAAAUUCUACUCCCUAUAAAAAAAAAAAAACUCCAAGCUAUUAACAAUGGAGUCUCUCACUAAACUCAAUUACAAGCAGCCGCAGCACUCAUUAACUUUCUCUCUCCGCUACCACAACCGCCCAUCUUUCUCAACACCCAUUUCUUCAAUCUCCUUCAAAACCCAAUUUUCUCGUCCUUUUCCAUUGAAAAUUAGAUCCUCUUCAUCUUCAAAUUCUCCCCUUAAAUCUUCUACAAAACCCAAAACUGAAAACCCUUUCUCUCUCCUCAAAACCCCUCUGACCAUUGCGGUGGCCUCCACCGCAAUCUUCUUCUCUGUAUUUGGUCAAAAGCAUCACUCGGCUGCGAGAGCCGAGCCGACUUCGCCAGCAAUGGUUGAGGAGAGGGAAGAAGAAGACGUGGUAUCGAAUGAAGAGAGAGAAAAAAAGGUGGAGGAGUUCUUGGCAUCGAACCCGGACGACGUAGAAGGGUUGAAGUCAUUAAUGGAAGCUAAGAUUAAGAAUAAGAAGCUUGGAGAAGCGGUGGAAGUUCUAAACAGGUUAAUUGAGCUGGAACCUGAUGAUGGAGAGUGGCCAUUGCUGAGAUGUCACAUGUAUAGCUAUAUGGGAGAAUCCGAGAUGGCAAAAUCGGGUUUUGAGGAGAUCAUAGCGAAGGAGCCGCUUCGUGUGGAGGCAUUUCAUGGCCUUGUGAUGGCGGUUUCGCAAGGCGAAAAGGGUGGGAAGGAGUUGGAGGAGGUGACAAAGAGGACUGUAGAGGCAAUGGAAAGGUGUAGGAGGGAGAAAAAGAAUGAUGAAAUGAGGGAUUUUAAGCUGUUGAUUGCGCAAAUUCGAGUUAUCGAAGGGAAUUAUAUGGAAGCUUUGAAGGUUUAUCAAGAAUUGGUGAAGGAUGAACCAAGAGAUUUCAGGCCUUAUUUGUGUCAAGGUAUAAUUUACACAUUGUUGAGGAAGAAAGAUGAGGCACAAAAGCAAUUUGAUAAGUAUAAGAGGCUUGUUCCAAAGGGUCAUCCAUAUGCAAGGUUUUUUGAUGAGAAUAUGCUUGCUACUAAGGUUUUUUCUCAAAUGGCAGAAAAUGAAAGAACGAAAAUGGGAUCACAAAAUUAGCAAUGUUAAAUCUUUGCUUCUUUCUUAUUUGGCUUUUUUGUUUUUUUUGCUUUAAUGUUAGUCCAUGUGUUAGAGUUUUACUACCAUCAUUAAGCAAACAAGCUAUUAUAUGAAAAUUGUGUUUUUUAGUGAUAGGAUGAGUAGUUUGAGUUGAGUGUGGUAUAUUAUAUGAGAUUGACUUAUGGAGAACGAGGAAUGUAAUGCAGAACGCUUGCUUCCAAGUUCUAUUUGAUUAUCAUACAUUGUAUGAAUAAUUUGAUAGGAAUUCGAAAGCAAAAGCUGAAGGCAAUUUGUUUUUCUUGAUGAUAGUAUCUCAAACAUGGAAAAGUUUUCUA